AUGGCACUCCAAGAUAAAACACUUCAACUAGAGGAGGAGGUUGAUCAUGAGAAAAUUCCCCAUGCUGAUAGGAUCCUCCGCUAUGAGAACUCGGACGGGGAAGAUGUGGUGGAGACCAUCCCUGUAGCUUCUCAUUCGCACCGGAGAUCAUAUGAUGCUGUACCUGAGCAUUAUGCUGCUGCGCCUCGGGUGAGAGUGCGUCGCUGGAUGCUUUUGCUUGAUUCCUGGAAGAGGCAUUGUGCCAAGCUGACCCGGAAGCUUUCUGGCCGGGACAGAGAGGAGCGCCGUCGAGACCGUAGGGGAUCCGUUGAUAGAGAACCCCAGGGGGAGACGUCCUUGAGGCAGGAGGGACCGGGCUUGGAGCUGGGACAAGGGUCCGGUGCUGGUGCUCAUCAGAGGCAUUCUGAUGCUGAGCGGGGAGCUUCUCCUUUUGUACAUGUUGGUCCCACCAGGCAUUCGUUUGGAGGUGCAGGCAGUUCACGGCCCUUUGUUUCUUCCCCUGGUUACUAUUUCGGAGGAAGUGGUCCUCAGCCUUGAGGUGCGGAUUCCUGAGCUUACUAUGCAGAGAUGGAGAGGAUGCGCCAGGCUCAGAUGUUUGGGUCGUACCAGUAUAUGGAGAUGCCGCCGCCGUAUCAGUAUUCCUCUCCUCAGCAGGGAGUUCAUCCCUCCACUGGCACACUUCGUAUCUCGGAGCAGGAUCCUAGUACCCCUGGGACAGAGCUGAAUCGGGAUCUGAAGCGCCUCAGGAGGCGGAACAGGGACAAGGCGCCUGUGGUUGAUGUCACUGUUGAUGAUGACUCAGAUUGACCCUGCAUGGUAGUGAGUUCCAGCUUGCCUGGGUUGAUUUUGUAUA